UGUGCACCAGGGCUCAGGAGGGGUCGCUCCGCGUGAGCUUUCCUGGGAUAGCGAACCUAAGCACCACUCACUCCAGGUUACGCCAGGUCUUAGUGGUGGGAGAGACCGUGGAUGCCCCGCCCCUUCCAUGUGGAGGGGCGGGGCAAUGGGCAGUGACGCCAUCAGAGGGCGUCCGAAGAGGGACGCGACGCAUUUUGGAGAUGCUGGAGUCGCUGUUGGCUCUUGGUGGCCUGGUGCUGCUGCGGGACUCCGUGGAGUGGGAGGGGCGCAGCCUCUUGAAGGCGCUUAUCAAGAAAUCUGCACUGUGUGGGGAGCAAGUCCACAUCCUGGGCUGUGAAGUGAGCGAAGAAGAGUUUCGUGAAGGUUUUGACUCCAGUAUCAACAGCCGGCUGGUUUACCAUGACCUCUUUAGAGACCCUCUCAACUGGUCAAAGACUGGGGAAGCCCUUCCUGGGGGUCCCCUGGAAGCCUUGAGGGCCCUGUGCAGGAGGACAGAUCCUGGCCCUGUCACCAUUGCUCUUGAUUCCCUCAGCUGGCUGCUGCUUCACCUUCCCUGCACCACACUCUGCCAGACUCUGCACGCUCUGAGCCAUCAGGACUCCUGCCAUGGUGACAGCUCCCCAGGAGAGCAGGUGCAUGUGCUGGGCCUGCUGCAUGAAGAGCUUCACGGCCCAGGCCCCUUGGGAGCACUGAGCAGCCUUGCUCAGACCGAGGUGACCCUGAGCGGUGUGAUGGGCCAGGCCUCAGCCCACAUUCUCUAUCGGAGGCCCCAACAGCGCCCGACCCACCAGACUCAGUGGUUCUCCAUCCUUGCUGACUUCAGCCUGGAGCUCCAAGGGGGGCCGCCCCUAGAGUCCCAGCCUAACCCAGAUCCUCAUACUCCCUCGACGGACCCCACGACUCAUUUGACUUUUAACCUUCACCUGUCCAAGAAAGAGAGAGAAGCCAAAGAUAGCCUGACCCUGCCCUUCCAGUUCAGCUCGGAAAAAGCCUUGGGUCCCAGCUCCACAGAUGUCCCCAAAGUAAUCUGGGCCUGGGUUGAGCCAGACCAGACCCUGGAGAAGUGGCCCUGUCUCCAGGCAGCGGUGCUAAGAGGACAGGAAGCUAGAUGGACAGCAGGCUCUACUGCGCCCUGGGCUGAGCCAGGCUACCAGCCACAUUUUCUAUGAGUCAGAUGCUUAUGAUGACCUGGACCAAGAAGACCCAGAUGAUGACCUAGAUGUUUAACUGGCCAGGAGAUGUGACUAGACUGUAAUUGGAGGACGAGGGAGACCUUGGGCCCAUAACCAUCCUUCCAUUGUUUGCGUUGGCCUUAGCCUGUCUCUGCCCCAUCUUUGUUUCCUGUGUCUGUGGAGGCCCUGCCCUGUGACCCAUGAGCCAGGGAGCAGCUUCCAGUGAGGAGAGAAAGUGGAAUGGGAGCAUAAGGGAAGGUGACACCACCACCCCCCAAGCCUAAUAAAAUCUUAAUUUUUUUAUUAAAAACAAAA